GACAGAGGAGCGUUGGCGGCGGCGCAGGAGGGGUUGCGGGAGGAGGAGGAGCGAAGGGGGAGAAGACGGGGAAGAUGUCCCGAGACGAGUUUGAGGUGUUUAGCGUGUUGGACAAGGUUGUGGAGCGGGUGUCGGUGGUGAUGGCGGAACCCGAUGAGAAGGAGCGGGAGAAGAUGCUCAAGGCGAUGGAGAAGCAGGACCGAGCCGCGGCCCGACGCAGGGAGAAGGCAGCGGCGGAGAAGGCGGAGAAGGCAGCGGCGGCUGCAGCCGGGGGAGGCGCGGCGGAGGGUGCAGCCACGGGGGCCGCAGGUGCAGGGGCUGCUGCUGUUGCUGCUGGCGCCGCCGUCCCAGGCAGUGAGAAGGUCACCAAGGCUGCCAAGGCGGCGGCUAAACAAGCAGCCAAAGCGGCAAAGGAAGCCGCCGCAGCAGAGGCCGCUGCCGCUGCUGCUGCCGACGCCGCCGCCAGCCAGCCUCCUCCCCCCAGCAGCAACCAGGUGGACGAGCGCUCGCUUCCCUCGGCGCGGGAGCCCCCGCCGCCGGCAGUGCUGCUGGAGCUCUCGUACGGGGCUGCUGCUGCGGGUGGUGCGGGUGGUGCUGGCAGUGCUGCGGCCCCGGGCCCUGAUACCGGUGCUGUUGCUGCCCCUGACGUCAAGCAGGAGGGGGAGGGUGGUGCGGUGCUGCUGGGUUGUGAUGAGGUGCAGCGGCUGCUGGGGGUGUACCAGUUCCUGUGGGACCACAGGGAGCUCCUGGGCCUCGAGGGCCGCGUGCCCUCCCUCGCUGACCUCCUCCUCCUCCUCUCCCACCCGCCCGCCCGCCUGCCUCCCACCGCCCGACGCGCCGCCGACGACCUCCACCUCUCCCUGCUCCGCCUCCUAGUCGGCGAAGCGGUCUCGGAGCUGAUCGAUUACACCGCCCAGACCAGCACCCUGCCCCGUCGGGAGCUCUCGCCCGCCUCGCCGCCCCUCACUCCCGCCACCUGGCCCGAGGUGGCUCGCCGCUACCUGGCUGCUGCGGCGGCUGCGAGGUACCUGACCAGCAGCGAGCCGCGGUCCUCGGCGCUGGCGCAGCUGCAGCUGCCGGGGCAGUUGCAGAACUUGGAACCCGCGGACUGGCUGCACCACUUGCUGGCCGGCUUCAACUUCCCGCACCUGCUCUCGCGCAUCGCACUGCUGCCGCAUGCAUCGUCCAG